AUGGAUUCUUCCUAUUCGACCUGCUUCUCUCUUUCCAGCUCCGCCUCCCGCCGCCUUCUGCCUCCGGCAGCGGCGCCUGCACCACACAGCGUCACCCUUUCCUGCGAUGAAUAUGCCGUCUCGAAGAUCCUAGCCAUGGUCCUCUGCUUCCUCGUCAUCGCCACAAUCUUCUACCUGGCCUUCGCCGGCCCGGACUCCGAGGAGGAGGACGAAGACGAGGAAGAGCAGCGGGAGGAGCUGCGUGGAGUGAAGAGGGCUAAGCCAAGGGGGCUCGACCCGGCGGUACUGGCGUCGCUCCCGGUGGCGCCGUACGCCGAGGUGGCCGGGGAGGGGACGGUGGGGCCGGAGUGCGCCGUGUGCCUGACGGAGUUCGGCGGCGGCGACGCCCUCAGGACGAUGACGGGGUGCGGCCACGGGUUCCACGCGGACUGCAUCGAUCCCUGGCUCGCCGGUCACGCCACGUGCCCCGUCUGCCGGUCGGACCUGGCGGCGGCCUGCAACGUCAUUGUGGUCGGCGGGUAG